AUGGCUCCUGAACAACGCACACUGCACCUCGUCGGCAUCGGGGUGGGCCACUCCAUCGCCCCUCCCAUGCACAACCAUAUCGCACACUCCCUCGGCCUCCCCUGGACUUUUUACGCCACAGAGUGCAUCACCCUCGACGCCCUCAUCCAGCUCGCCCGGUCAGACACCACAGCCGGCCUCGUCGUCACAAUGCCAUACAAGAACACCGUCAUCCCCCGCCUUGACGCCCUCGACGAGCUGGCUGCCACCAUCGGCGCCUGCAAUAACGUCUAUCGUGACUGGGAGGAACCGCGGAAGCUGCGUGGCACAAACACCGACUGGCUGGGCAUAAAGGGCUGCCUUCUCGAGAAGGGGGACGAGCCGGGGACGCCGGUCGUGAAUAAACCGGCGUUGAUUGUGGGAGCUGGCGGCGCGAGCCGGGCGGCUGUGUAUGCGCUUAGCUCAUAUUUCAAGUCGUCUGUGAUUUACGUACUGAACCGAGAUGAUCAAGAGGUGGUGGAUCUGCUGAGGGAUUCGAAGAGGAUAUCGCCUGCUCCCAAGAUCAUCCACGUGAAGGCGGGAGAGGCGAAGAACCUCGAGACGCCGCACUAUGUUGUUGGCACGGUGCCGGACCUAGAGCCAAAGACACCCGACGAGCUGGCUGUGAAGGCGUCGCUGGAGGAAUUUCUGUCGCGCCCCGAAAAGGGCAUAUUGUUGGACAUGUGCUUUAAGCCGAGGCGGACGAGGAUGAUCAAGCUCGCCGAAGAGAAGGGGUGGCCGGCUGUGGAGGGGACGCAUGUCAUCGGGUAUCAGAUUGAAGAGCAGUGGAGGCUGUGGGCUGGGGAUGAGAGGGUUGAGAAGCUGGAUAAGGAUGGGGCGUGGAAGGCGCUUUUGGAAGCGGCGGAGAAGAGUGCGGCAAUCAACUUCUAG